AUGACAAAUAAUGCUUACUUGGAUAUUAGCCUGAAUGAUACCGAUUGGUACGACAUUGAAGAGCCAUGGAAAUUGAAUAAUUCUUUCGGCUGGAAGGAAAAUGGACUGCGUGGACAUAUCUUUACCAAUGAUGACGAUUCCUUAGUGGUUAUCAGUAUAAAAGGUACAAGUGCAGGCUUGUGGACUGGUGGACCUACAGGUGAAAAAGACAAAAUCAAUGAUAAUAUGUUAUUCUCUUGCUGCUGUGCAAGAAUCAGUAGAGCUUGGACUCCUGUUUGUGAUUGCUAUCAAGGAAAUGGUUACAUUUGUGAGAAUUCCUGCUUACAAAAAAACAUUCAAGAAAGUGAACUUUAUUAUGACAGUGCCAUGGUCAUGGUUGAGGAAGUAAUACACCGCUUUAAAAAGAGUACCAUAUGGAUCACAGGUCAUUCAUUAGGUGGGGCCUUAGCCAGCUUGGUAGGACAAACUUUCGGGAUUCCCACUGUCACUUUUGAAAUCCCUGGUGACAAGCUUGCUUCCACACGUCUCCACUUACCCUCAGGGGUGUAUAAUAACCGUGCUCUUUGGCAUUUUGGGCAUACUGCCGAUCCGAUUUUUGUUGGUGUUUGUACGGGUCCGUCCAGUAGUUGCUGGUAUGGCGGCUAUGCAAUGGAAUCUCGGUGUCAUACCGGUAAAAAGUGUGUAUGGGAUACAGUGAAAGACAAUGGAUGGCGUGUCGAUAUUCGAUCACAUCGUGUAAAGGAUGUGAUUGAAAAUAUUUUAAAGAAAAAAGAAGAGUUCCCUUUACCGAAUUGUGUAUAUGAAGAAGAAGAUUGUCAGGAUUGUGGGUUAUGGUCAUAUUAUGAUAAGAGAGAUCCUAUCAGUAGC